AAAUAAUCCAAUAAUCAUAAAAAGUAGAUAUAUUCAAUAAUAGUAGAUGUGUAUUUGAUGAAAUAACAUAAUCUUACGAUCGUACUAUUUUGUGAAAUAAUUUGUACUGGUCAAUAUCGUAUUCACAAUCUAGUUGAGUGUUAUAAAUGUUAAAGAACACAUUUCAUCGAACAAUUCCUUAUCAUUUUUCAUGGAAUUUCUCAUUCUUGCAGCAAUCUCGAUUCUGAUUAUACGAUGAUAUGUUAUAUAUGGCCCCAUUCAAUUUUUAUUAGCCUUCUGAUAGACUGUUUGAUUGAGUAGCGAUCGCAAUAUCGGUGAAAACCGAAAUAUCGAUAUAUAUCGCGUUUUAGAGGUACUUGCUCAACUUUAGAAAUUAUUUCGGUUCGGUAUUGCAAUCGUUAGUUGACCACUCCACCUACGCCUGCGCUAAACGUGAAUUCGAAUAAAGCAAAACUCGUGGGGUAGCUUGACCCUUGGUCAUCCGUUGGAAUAGAGACAGUCCAGCCGGUACCGUACAUCGCGAUACUAUGCUCUUUACGCAACAAUUGACGUCGUUACCAUGCCUUGCCAAAUAUAAAAAGUCUCGGGCACCGAGCAAAGCCAUGGAGCGUUAUGAGCGUCUGGCGCGUCUCGGCGAGGGUAGCUAUGGUGUCGUCUUCCAGUGUAGGGACCGGCAAACUGGAAAAUUGGUGGCUGUAAAGAAAUUUCAACAGACCGAGGAUGAUCCCCUAAUACGUAAAAUUGCAUUGCGAGAGAUACGUCUUUUAAAGAAUCUCAAGCAUCCAAACUUGGUCAAUCUUCUGGAAGUCUUCAGACGCAAGAGAAAAUUACAUUUAGUAUUCGAAUAUUGUGAAAACACUCUUCUGAACGAAAUGGAAAAGUAUCCUAGCGGUUGCCCAGAUCUCACAACGAGACAGAUUACCUGGCAAAUUCUGCAAGGUGUAGCCUAUUGCCAUCGUCUUGGAUGCGUUCACAGAGACGUGAAACCAGAAAACAUUCUCAUCACCUCCGAAGGCGUGGUAAAAUUAUGUGAUUUUGGAUUUGCACGUAUGCUGAGUCCCGGUGAGAACUAUACGGAGUAUGUCGCAACCAGAUGGUACAGAGCACCUGAAUUGCUGGUCGGAGACACACAAUACGGCACUCCGGUCGAUGUAUGGGCAAUCGGUUGUGUGUUUGCUGAAUUAAUACGGGGCGAAGCCUUGUGGCCAGGAAAAUCUGAUGUGGAUCAAUUGUAUUUAAUAAGAAGAACGCUAGGUGACCUUUUACCGAGACACAUGGCUAUCUUUCAACAGAAUGAAUUCUUUACCGGUAUCACUCUUCCAACUCCGCAAACACUUACGCCGCUUGAAGACGCUCUACCCCGUGGAAAUGGCAGUACUUUGCAGAUGGAUUUCCUGAAGAAGUGCUUAGACAAAGAUCCAAAUGAAAGGUGGACGUGUGAACAAUUGUUGCGGCAUUCUUAUUUUGAUAAUUUUCAUUUUAAAAUGCCGGAUGUCGAGACGGAAGAGUUCGAAAAACUCAAAAAGUAUCGAGAACGUUCUAGAAAUACUAAUUAUAGUCAAAUGGUGUUACCCCAACUACCCAAGGCUGGACCUUCUGUUCAUAGUCAAAGUGAAAAUCGACCGAAGAGCUCCUCUAUACAUCAGCAAAAUUUUGACCAUUUACCUACUAUAAGAGGUUAAUUAAUCUCCUCUGUGAUUGUAUAUAUAUUUUCCUAAGCUUUUUGAGAGUAUUCACUUUAAUUUAUAGAAUUCUAUGAAAAUGAUUGUUAUAAUCUUUCUUUUUAUUUGUAUUAGCACAUUUUUUUUCUAUAGAUUUUCUUUAGAUUUUUAUUUAUACAUAGAGAACGAGUGCAAUAUGUACAUCUCUUUCAAUAAAAGUUUUUUAUAAAAAAUA